UGUUUGCCAAUUUCCAAAAACAUCGAAGAAGAAUUGUGCAUGGCCUAAGCUAGAAAACUGCUGCAUUGUCCCAUUCCUGCUAAUAUUUCAGCAACCAUGUCUUCAGCUCAGCAUCUCAGAGAGUUUAUCAGAGAGAGACUAACUGCUGCUGCUCAAGAAAUCUUCACCGAGGUUGAAAAAACCAUCAUUUGCUACGAGGAAGAGCUCGAUGCUCAGCGCAGGAUGAUGGGGAUCAACUGGAAACCAGAAAUUAAGCUACACCGAGUCGGUUCGGAGCUGCAGAGACAAAGUUCUGACCUCCAACAGCCAAGUGUCUCCAGUGAGGAAGAAGCUUCUGCCAUCCAACAAGUCUGUAGCCUGGCAAGUAGGUCCAGUCAGAAAGAAGCAGAACAUCAGUGGACUGAAGAGGUACAGAUGGAACCAGAACCAAAAUGGAUUAAAGAAGAAGUGAACGAACCAGAACCUGCACUGCUCAAACAUGAGGAAGUGAAUUAUCCACUAACAAAUGUAAAAAAAGAGGAGUUAGAUUGUUCAGUGCUUCAACAUGAACAGCAGCCACCAGAACAUUUACCAACUGGACAGGACCAGAAGAACCUCUGCAGCAGUCAGGAGGGAGAGCAGCUUGUCCAGAAGCAGUUUGCUGCUUUGACUGAGACUUCUACUCUUCAGGAAGAUGAUAUGAAUGAAGUCGAGACAAAAACAGAGCAGUUUUCCCUUCAUAUCUCUCCACUGGUUGAGAGCAAAGAUCAGGAAGGAAGAAGCUCCUCUGUGUCAGGUAGUCAGGCUGAUACCAGUACAAAGAAAAGAUCUUUCAAAUGUGACAUUUGUGGUAGAUGUUUCCCACAACAGAGUAAUUUUUUAAACCAUUACAGAACUCACACUGGUGAGAGACCUUUUUCAUGCCAAUCAUGUGGAAAAGGUUUUUCUCAUAUUAGUAAUUUUUAUCGUCACAGGAAUAUUCAUACUGGGGAGAAACCUUUUUCAUGCCAGUCAUGCGGAAAGAAUUUCUCUCAACAUAGUCAUCUAAAUAGUCACAAGAAAAUUCAUACAGGUGAGAAACCUUUUUCAUGCCAGUCAUGCGGAAAGAAUUUCACUCGUCUUACAAACUUAAAUCGUCACAAGAUAAGUCAUACAGGUGAGAAGGGUUUUCACGAUAAACAAUAAAUUAAUCAGCAGUUUCCCUCCCCUCUCAUUUUAUUGGUAGCGGCUAAACACACAGGGAGCUAAAAGUGUAAAUUUUCUUCCAGUCUGGCUGAACCGAACACCUGGCACACGAUUGCGAUGAUAACAACAAAAGAUGAAAGGUUUCCAACUUUCUUGCAUAGCGUCUAUAGGUGUAUGAGCUAGAAAUGUCACAUGCAUGAAUUGUGUCUUUUGCUCAGCUGGAUGAGAGCUAGCGACUCUCUUCUCACCCCGCAAUCUCCAUAAGAGGGAGAAGCGCCGUCUCCUGUCAUCGUGUGACCAUUACUUCAGUUACCUGCUGGGCUCCUUGUCUCCUACCACACAGUGUAGCAUAAAGCCUGGUGAGGAGGAGCAAGAGGUCUGGGAGCCUCUUGGAUUCAAACUGCAGUUUAUCCAUGUUUCUUAUAGACAAAGUUACUGAUAAAGAGAAACCCUUUCAUUUGUCUUUUUCUUUUUUUCUCUUCUUUGAAAACCUGGAUGUUAUUUUCUUGACUGCAUUGUUCCAGUCAGUCGUCGUAGUCUUUGGCUGCUGCUGAACACUGUUGCCUACAAGUUCACUAAGCAGGAGCAAACCAUUUAAUACAGAUCCACAGGGCUGUUCAGUAAAUAUGGAUCUUUGCUUUUUGAUCUGGGAAUGGUAACUUUUAAUUUUUACUGCUAAAAACAAGUAAAAUAAAAAAUUAUAUUAUAGACAGAGGCAGUAAUAUUUUUUCUAUUUAUAUAAAAUUGAACCCCUGUAAAAAUUUGUGCUGAUGGGAUGUAUUAAACAACUUCACAACUGCAACAUAUGGUGAAAUUAGAUAUUUCUAACAUUUUUAACUAUUAGUCAUUGUUUAUCUGCCUUGUGAUUAUUUUUACUUGAUGAUUUGUGUAUUUAUUUUUUUUCUAAAUUGGAUGGACUACAUUUUGUCUCGUAAUAAAGAUUUAUGAAUUAAUACUAA